GCGGUAGGUUGAGGCGCGGGCAUCCCCCCUCGCCGAUCACCGUCGCCAUGGCGCUGAGCAAGGAGCAGCGGCAGACGGGGAGCGCGUCAGGGACUGUGACCACGACUGCGACCGCUGCCUCGUCCGUUCUGGCCCAGGAGACGAUCCUGUCUACCGUGGAUUCGGAAGCCAUGGGCGAUUUGAGUCUCGGUGGCGUCGGCAGCCGCAUGCCCAACAGGCCGGGCAACCCCCGCAGCAGAGGCAGCGUGGACGACAGAUUAAUAUCUCGAAAACUAGCCAUGGAAAUUCCAUGGAUGGGUCAACGAGAAGUCUGCAAAAUGUUGCGAUCUUCAAGCAGUUCCUCUGAGGAGUCGAGUGAAGAAAUUUCUGAUGAUGAUAUGCAGGCUGAGCAACGAGAGGCAGAUCUGAUUGCAACUGCAAAUGUCUAUGAUUCUACAGGAAAGGCUACCUAUAAACAGGCAUGUGAAAUGUAUGGAGUGGUACCAAUCUCCUAUUUUGUACGAAACAUGGCCAAUCCAGAACUGUCUUUAAUGCAUUAUGGACUUGGACCUCAGGGGGCCAAAGCUAUUGCCGUGUCUCUGAUAACCAACACCACUGUCCUGAAGAUGAAUCUGAAGGAUAACUGGAUGGAGGCAGGGGGAGCCAAAGCAAUUGCCGAGAUGCUGAAGGAAAACUGUUACAUUACAGAAGUUGACUUAUCCGACAAUCAACUGGGAACUGAUGGGGCUCGAGCAAUCAGCACCAUGCUCAUAGAGAACACAAUUCUGGUCAGGAUUGCCCUCUCUGGAAAUAAUUUUGAUGACCAUGCUGCUGCAUACCUGGCUGAAGCUAUAAGCAACUCGCUCAAGUUGCAGUUCUUAGACCUGAGCCACAACAAAAUCAGCAAUACUCUAGGAAAUGAGCUGGGAAUGGCGAUUGGAGAAAAUACUGGGCUGCAGGAACUAAACCUGAGUUGGAACUGUAUACGUGGCAAGGGAUGCAUAGGAAUAGCAGAAGGCCUCAAGGAUAACAUUUAUCUCAGAGUGCUGGAUUUGUCCUAUAACGGAUUUGGGAAUGAAGGGGCGAAAGCUCUUGGAGAAGCACUUAAAGUCAACAAUGUUCUAGAGUAUCUCAAUAUCAGUAAUAAUCGUAUUUCUGUGGAAGGAGCUGUGUUGUUAUCCUUGGGAUUGAGGAGCAAUGCCACUCUCAUUGACCUGAAUAUGGCCCGGAAUCCAAUGCAGAGCGCUGGAUGUUACGCGAUAUUGAAAGCUGUCAAAGACAACGCUAAAAGUGCCAUAAAGUCAUUGGACUUCUCUGAUAUCACAGUUAAUAACGAUUUUGCGGACUUGUUCAAUAGCGUAAAAGAACAGGUUCCAAAUCUGGAAGUGAAACAUGAGAGGAAUUUGGAUCAGUUUAAAAAACCAAGAUCUAAGGCUGAUCCGCUUACUAAACUGAAGGAAUUCAUGAAGGAGAACCAGCUGCAGGCAGAGCAUUUCUUGGACGCAUUCGAUCUCGUGGAGAACAGGCCCAUCAAGCUGCGUAAAUUCCAAGAGGGACUGAAGAAUGCCAGAGUCCCCUUAAAUGACAUGGAACAGCAAAAGCUGAGUGAGUUAUUGGACAAGGAGAAAGACGGAGAAAUUGAUCUCAGUGCAUUGAAUGAAAUGCUCCUCAGCGACUAAUCUCACUCCGAGUAAAGGCCAGUUUUAAGAAGAUGCCAAAAUGAAUUCCGUUAUAAGCAGAGUGGAGCCUUUAUGAAUUUGCCUGUACGGACAUGGAGCAUUAGCUCUGCAGUGCUCCAGUCUUUUCUCAGCGCUAGACCUAACACUACUGAUGUUUACCAAUGACUUUUGCUCUUCCCCCCCACUGUACACGAAACUACUUCAGAUCCGUAGGUGUUUAAAUUGACUGAAAUAAAUAGUAUUUUUAAUAUUGUCCACA